AUGGAAAAAGUCAAACCAACAAAUCACAAGGCCAUUGAAGGUAGAUUUACGGCAUUAAUGCUUGCCGCCAAGCUUGGAAAACUCCAGACUGUUCGUGUCUUGCUUAAAUUCAAUGCUGACAUCAAUAUUCAAGAUUCAGAAGGUCUGUCAGCAUUAAUGUUUGCUUCUCAGAAAGGGCAUUUUGAGAUAGCAGAGUUUCUGUUAAAAUCAGGUGCUGAUUUCCAAUUGGAAAACUUUGAGGGGGAAACAGCAUUAUCCUUAGCAUUUAAAAAUGGCCAUCUAAAUAUCAUUAACAUUCUCAAAGAUUUUGUGGAUAGAAAUUAUUCAUCAAACAAAGAAUGUAUUCGCCACAUUGCUUGUGCUAUCCAGUCUCUGAAAGAAACAGAUGUUAAUAAAAGAAAACUAAUACACGCUACUUUAAAUGAAGAUCGUAAUGCAAUCCAGUCCUUACUAUAG